AUGUCUCGUGUUUAUUCUUCCCUUCUGUCCUCUGAUUCUUUCUUCCUUCUGUAUCUCUUGUCUUCAAUGUCCCGUGUGAUUCUUCCCCUCUGUAUCUCUUUGUCUUCAAUGUCCCGUGUGAUUCUUCCCCUCUGUAUCUCUCUUCAUGUCCCGUCUUCUGUAUUGUCUUCAAUGUCCGUGUUAUUCUUCCCUUCUGUAUCUCUCUUGUCUUCAAUGUCCCGUGUGAUUCUUCCCCUCUGUAUCUCUUGUCCCGUCUUCCCCUCUCUAUCUCUCCUUCAAUGUCCCGUGAUUCUUCCCUCUGUAUCUCUUGUCUUCAAUGUCCCGUGUGAUUCUUCCCUCUGUAUCUCUUUUAUGUCUUCCCUUCUGUUGUCCCCAAUGUCCCGUGUGAUUCUUCCUUCUGUAUCUCUUGUCUUCAAUGUCUCCUUCUGUAUCUCUUGUCUUCAAUGUCGUGUAGUUUCCCCUCUGUAUCUCUUGUCUUCAAUGUCCCGUGUGAUUCUUCCCUCUGUAUCUCUUUGUCUUCAAUGUCCCGUGUGA